AUGUCCGUGAGCCUCCUCUACUGGGCCAUAAAUCGACUACCAGAACGCAAGGCUGUUUUCCGGCGUGGUGGUCAAGAUCUCCGGGGUAAUGGCUUUGCAGCGGAUCAGACGUGGGUGAAUAGUCAGCCGAAGAAGUGGAGGAGGAUUGCUGGGGAGAGAGACACAGUGACGGAAUCUGUUGAGGGGACGGACACCAUUAUAAGCCCGAAACGGUUGGGCUUCGAUGAGACCGUGACAGUAUCGAAUGGCUCUACUGCACCGGAUGCUUCGCAUUUCAAUGGCAUAACCCAGGUCGGUGACAGCGGUGGUCAAGCGCGUGCUCACGCUGUACCAGACCUUGGAGCUCUUACCAGGCUGAAUACCCUUGUCAAUGCAGCAGUCGAUGUUCAGGCCUCACAUGCUUCGCCCGCCUCAGUGUCGCUGUCAGGAGGAAUCAUCCAGUCAAGCCAUGGGAGCCCGCAUUCCCUCAACCACGUCUCCCCAGCAGCAUCAUCGCACCAGUCAGUCUCGAGUCUUCCCUCACCUGCAGCCAGUCAACGACUAGCGACAGUCCAAGAAUCCUGCCUUCUCCGCUACUUUAUCGAGGAACUCUCGCCUUGGUUCGACCACUGCGACCCCCAAUCACACUUCCGGCAGAUUGUCCCCCUCCGAGCCCAGUCCAGCCAAUGUCAAACUCUUCUCAACGCCAUAUUCGCCGUCUCCUCGCGGCACCUGAGCCGGCUCCCUCAGUACAAAACGCCCGAAGGCAUAAUCGUCUACCACGGGCAGUCCCUCCCGGACUUGACGACGUCGUCGGCGGUGGAAUACAUGCUAAACUGUAUACCCGGGCUCUCGUCGUUCCACGAAAGCGAUCCCAGCGAACAGGAGAAUCUCAUGUGCGCGGCGAUCAUCCUACGGCAGUAUGAGGAGAUGGAGGAGGAGAUGGACGAGAUCACGCCAGAACCCGGCGCUAUCAGCCCUGAUACAGAGGACCGCGUCAACCCUGGGAAUGAAAAUGGGAGUGGGAGGGGCAUGAACCCAAAGCAAGCUGGAAAAAGGGUAAACUUCCUCGCCAUCACGCAGACGAUCAUCCACGCCAUGAUCUCGUCCUCGUCGCCAGUGCAGCGGUCCUCGCUUGCAGUCGCCGCAUACUGGAUUGCCAUCCGCCAGGAAGUGUACUAUGCACUUACACGAAAACGUGCACCAGCUGUGACAUUCACCGUGGAGGACUGGGAGAGCGCGACCGUUGCGAAUACGAUGAUCAUGCAUGCGGGCGAGGUGACGAAGUGGUGCUGGGGAGAACGGACGGUGGAUGAGUACGGUAAACGCCAUCCAGCUCCUUUACCAUUAUCUUUGAACCCUGGACAAAAAAAACUAAUGCAAAGGCUCGCGACAGACCGCCUGAAGGCUCACCAGCAACACCUGACAACCAUGUACACACCCCACCUAGCCCCGAUCCUGCAAAAGCCCGCCGACAGAUCGAAAGGCGAGAUUUUCCCGACAGUUUGGUAUACGACAGACGCACAGGUAACAGGCGUGCAGCAUCUCGAAAUGGCGCGGAUGAUAUUGAUUGCUGAGAAUCCGCGGAUAGUGGAAGCAAGUCGCACCGUACAUCGUAAAACCGAAGCCCUCGUCCGGUCCAUCGUGCUUGAUCUGUGCGGGAUCGCAGUUGAUGACGUCUCAAAACGGAUGCCGGCGCUCGUGAACGCCGUGAUUUCAAUCAUGUUGUACGGGGAGUAUUUUACGGACCAGGGGGAAAGAGACGCGCUGCUGGGGGUUAUAGAGAGGACGAAGGAUAUGCGUGCGUGGCCGUUGAGGAGGGGCGUCGAGAGACUCUUGAGGGCGUGGAGGGAGGGGGAUGAUGUAGAGGUUUAG